AUGGCUGACACUCAAGAACAUCAAAGUCAUUUCAGGAACAAAAGGUCAAUUGAUCUACUUGAACAGAGCGACACGUCUGAUUUCGAGUACAAUACAGAGGAAGAAAAUUUGAAUUAUGAGCGACAAAACAAUGCCAGGUACCAGAGGUUAAUUGACCAGCUUGAAAAAUGUGAAAACCAUAACUUUGACUAUCAUGAAGUGGAUGAAGAUUUUAGUUUUGAAAAAAUGCGACAACUUAUUGAAACUAUGCAAAGACAACCCCAAUAUCACCGCUACUGGUACAGGGCAGUAUUGUCCUUGCCUGUCUAUAAAUGGAUCUACGAUUGGAAUUAUGAUGGCACAAUUCCUGCCAAUGAGUUUACGGCGAAAUUUGUUGAGGCCACAGGAUUUGAUAUUGCGCUGCGUUCGAUGCUGUUUGAGCCCAACCUUGAGAUUCAUUAUUUUGACUUGGAAGGUAAAAUGAAUAGUUUGGAGAACCUGUUGAAAAGAAAAAUCAAUAAUUAUGAACGGUGUCUUAGUGGUAUAUCACCCUCACAGUAUGUUCCAUCAUCAUCGCGUGACAAGGUGUCGAAUUCUGAGAAUCUUCGUGAGUGUGUCCUCAAUGAUAUUUGUUGUGUUCUUAGAUUGCGUUUUCCUGCUCUCAGUGUUGAAUGUCGGUCCACUGAUUUUGUAUUUAAGGGUGGGCCAAAUUCGAAACCAGUGUUUCCCAUAAAAAUGGCUAGCUCCGAUAUAUCUGCAGUGCACUGGUUAGCACUGUACGGAUUUGUUGGAAUUAAAGAAUCACCAACAGACAUCUCAUUCAGCAUCAUGCGCCAGUUGUUGAGGCUUGCCAUGACCUACAAGCUGGACCUUGUGGGGUUAUCGGAUUUUGAGCAUCUUCUAAUUAUCAAAUUUCUUCCAUACUCUCGCGACGGUGUGGUUCUGUAUGAUUACAAGUUGUUUGAUUUGAACUCGACUCCUAUUAACAUAAAAUGGGCAAUUACAGUAAUGGUGUAUUAUGAAGUCGCGCUCAGCGAUGAUGAGAGAAAGGAGAAGGAGAGAAGGAUGGAAGAAUUGCAUGAUAGUUUGGCAUUGAGUAAAGACGAAUUGAAAAAGAUUGGAAACCAGCAGAUUCCAAAGAUUGAAAAAGAUCAAAGACCGCGGCCUGCCACUAGUGCAUGGGAGUCAACGAAUAUUGUUUGUACUCCAGACUACUUGAGUAUUUUGGAAGCAGGUAAAGGGAAAGUUUUUUGCAUGAAGAAGGUAGAAUUCAUUGACUGUAUUGAUGCUAAUAGAUUUCAUAUUUCCAAUGAUACUGAUGAAAUCACCUUGAGGUUUGUGGACAUGCAUGAGUUGAGACGUUCUUAUUCCCUAGACGAGCGGGGCAAUUUUUCGAUGCCAUUUUUCCAUAAAGUGAAAAAGGAAGCUAUCGAUCAGUUUUAUGGAGAGAUUGAAUGCUAUGAGAGAAUUGAGGCGUACAAUAAGCUUCAUCCUGGAUCUGAUGAGAGAGUCCAUUGCCCUCGAUUUCUAACCUAUGGGUGUGGAGUGAUUGCUACGCGAUGGGAGUUUGUGAGCGGAUUGUUCUUUGCUACUGAAAGAUUGAAAGGCAAGAAAGCAGCGACUCCCGGAGAGUUUGCUAAAGGGAUCAAAGAGAUUGAGAAACUAGCGAGCAUUGGUAUCAAGUUUUCUUAUCUUGGCACGGAAAUGUUUUCUAUUAUCGAUGAUGAGUUCCAUAUUUUUGAUUUCAGUACGGCGUUAUUGGUGGAGCCAUUUGAUCCAAGGCUCGAUAUUAAGAAGUAUAAGCGAACAUUUCUUGAUGAUGAUCUUUGA